AUGCAAACAGUGGGAACCCUCACAAAUGCAACCGAUGUCACAAAAGAGGAGAUCAUGGCUAGUCAGGCUGUCAAUGAAGACUAUGAGAGCAGCGGUUGGGACCGUGGCCAUUUGAACCCCAAUGGCCAACACAACAGUCUGAUAAAGAGGAAUGCGACCUUCACCCUCACCAACGCAGUGCCCAUGAACCCUUCACUCAACCGAGGCCAGUGGAGAGUCUACGAGCAGCAAACGAUGUACAGUAAAACAGAGAACUGUCCAACCACUUACGUCAUUGUGGGGGCUGUGCCUGGGAACUUCAACAUCAGCGGUGACAGGGUGAAUAUACCCGACUACAUCUGGGCCAGUGCCUGCUGCAAGACCACCAACAACACCGUGAUUGCUUGGGGAGCCAUUGCCCAGAACGACCAGAACAAUGUCCAGGUCCUCAAGCUGGGGGAAUUGGAGACAAACUUGACCAGGCUGUAUAACAGGGGAGCGGUUUCUCUGUUCCAUGUGGACUGUCCCCGUACAUAAGCCUCACAUCCUGGAUGUAAAAGGCUUGAUUGCUUUUCCCAAAUGUCACAGAAUCACAGAAUGAUUUGGGUGGGAAGGGACCUCAAAGUUCAU